UUGACUUCUUGUGCUUGAAAUGGUUUCUGCAAUUGCUCACCUUGAGCGCGAGUACCCAAAAUCGACGAUUAGUACUAAAUAUUUCUAACUACAUUUCCAAUUAGAUUAAUAAACUACAGUAUUUUUUUUCUAAAUUUUAUUUUUUUUUUAUAAUAUUUUUUUUUAUAAAUUAGUAACUUUUGAUUAAAGAUUUCGUGUAAGUGUGAACGGUUUGCAAUUUUUCGUGCGUGAAAAUUCUGUGUGUUAGCAAAUUCGUUAUUUUAUAUUUAAAACUGUGUCUGUAGAAAAGGUGCAAGCAUGGACUAUCGAUAUUUUUUGAUUGCUUUUAUUUUGAAUGUUAAUCCCAUCCUUUCGGAUAGUGGCGAUGCCUCCUACAUUACGCAGACUGUUUAUGGGUUUUUGGAUUUUACAACAACAAUUGGCAAUACAGUUAUGGUAUUUUCACCACAAAGCGCCCCACCAAUUGAGAAAAUUGAUAUACCAACAAAUAUAAUCGAAACAAAACCCUUCGUCACCAAACCAUCCGAAGACGACGGUAUUAAACCAACGAAAUCUACAAACUCCGAUAAGGUAACAACAAACAAACCUGUUGAGAAGAAGAACUCCAAACCUACUAUUGUUGAGGCUCAAAAGGACACUAACACCAACGACAACAACAACAACAACAACAAUAAUAGUAAUAAUAAAAUAACCACAAGCAGUUCGGUUGUUGUCGCCGCUCAAGCGCCAAUCGAAGAAGCCGAAGAGCAACCUACGCUACAAAUAGAAAAUAAUGUUGAAUACGAUUUGCUCUCACGCCAACCAGCCGAAUAUGCCGAAGAAACAUAUCGGGUUAUAAACAACAAGGCAUCAGACAAACCACGUAAUAGACAUAAUCAACGUCGUACCUCCGAAGUGAUUGCAGCGCACGAAGCCCCAACAACAGCGAAUAGAUUGAAACCGAGUCAAGCGGUGGAGAAUAAACCACACUCACCGAGUGGCCCCAAAGGCAAAAAGCCGAAAAUAAGAUCUACAGCACCAUUACGUGUACUGAAGACAACAACACCUUCAUUGCCCAAACCAGCACCGGCGCCGGAACCGAAAAAUAAUCGCCUCUCCAGUCCAAAUAGACACAGUGGCAAGGGCAAUCGGGCACAUGAGCAGGAACAAGUUUCUAUAACCGAAUCUGUGGUUGAAUCGUCACAAACAAGUCAGAGUCAUAAAAAGAGUUCACCGCGUAGUAAACCGAAAAGGAAAAGCAAAAAUAACCGUUCAUCUGCUGGUGCGCACAAAAGCAGCGCAAUCAUUUUGGCAUCCUCAGCCGAACCGACACGCAAGACCUUCCGUUCCAAAGUUCGGCCCUCCAAUGUCGAAUCAACAACAUCAACAGGAGUUUAUAUGUUCAAAUUGAAUCGUACGCCCGGCAGAUGGCAGUAUACAACAACACCGAAACCUAGAGUGGCAAUACGUAAGAAUCCCGAGGGUAACACCACUAAGUCACUGGACGCUUUCGGUGGCAAUCCCAGUCUAAAUUUAAUAUCGGAAAAUGGUGAUUUGGAAUCGUCGGGCUCUCAAAAUGGUGCUGUUGUCAAUAACAUCGAUCAGGGAGGAAAUUACCAACACCUUGUGGAGACCUUGAAUGUGGAAAUAUCAACACCAGCAGAUUUUAAGGAUACCUACUAUGAGUUAGCUACAAUUAAGACACCAUACGCUUUUCAGGUCGGUGGUUUGAAGAAGACUCGUUUCAUCACAGUCACCUCAACGAUAGAGAAGACCUUAACGCCGGACCCAACUGAAGUACAAAUACCGGAUGGACCACUUACCGAAAAUAUUUUAGCACCAUCAACGCGGGAAGUUAAUUUCCUACGCGAUACUCAAGUCACAACGCUAAAACCAUUCCACAUAACAGACAAUGCUGAGACGCCAAGUCUGGAAACAGUGGUGGAUUCAUUCAGCACAACGGUAAAGAAAUUACGUACACAAGUUUUGCCCAUCGUCUAUGAUGUCAACAAUGACACCACAUAUAUUACACUCACACAAACGUACGACAUAACAAGUCUUAUAACGGUGACGAAAACACUAUCGCCACUCGAAACGGAUCUGCCAUUGAGAAGUUUUACCGAUUUUGGCGCUAAUCUCGAUGAGGCGGGCUCCGAAAUAAAUUUGGAAUUGGAGUUUGGUGAUGAGGAUAAUGGUGAGAAGGAAAAGGAUGAGAAACCAUAUCGUGCCAAACUCUCCGAUAUAGCUGAUCUCUUUGGCAAAUCGUCGAAUCUCACCGCUGAGGAAAUUCAAAGAAUAGCACUGUGGAAGCUACAAAAUGGCUCACAACAAUUCUCAUCGUUACUCAUCCCCAGCGUACCACAAUUCACGCCAGAGCCCACCUUGCCACAAUUCCCGCCCAUUUCGCCUACCAUCAAUCCGUUCCUGCUGCCUUUGCAGCAAUUCCAAACGAUCACCUCCAGUAUUGUACAUGAGACGAUAGCGACUCAAACGAACAGCAAAGUCCUUAAAUUGACUUUCGGCGCACGUACGGCAUACACAACGAUCUUCUCGAGUGCAGUUGUGCCGACACGUGCGACCAGCUACAUCACAACAUCCAUUCCUGUGCAAGCAACACCGCCCGGUUUCCCCGGCUACUUUCCUCCACCAUAUCCACAAUAUUAUCUCGGUUAGGUUAAGUAAUAUGAAAAUCACGGGCGCGAUGGUGUCCUUUCGUAUUUUUGUAUGUAUGUAUAUAGUGUUAGUAUCAUUCUUUUGUUUUCAUUUGGUCCUUUAUGAAGAUACUCGUCGAAAGAAAAAUACUCGUUCAUUUUUAUCAACAUUUUUCGCAAACAAAUCGAAUUUAGAAAAAAUAUACAUAAA